AAAAAUCUAUAUAUCCACUGAUAGUACAUCUCAAUUCAGAUGCUAAAUUUUCAUCAGGAAUACUUGGUCUGUAUUUAUAUUUCUUAGAAUAUACAGUGAAAAAGUAGAUUCACAAACCCAAGUUGUUCCAAACAUACAUUUCUAAGUUUGCCAGUAACUGAAUCAAAUACCAAUUCUUAAUUCAAUUUUCUUAGUCAUACUAGCCACAUCUCAGAUGCUCAGAAGACACGAGGCUAGUGCUACUGUCCUGCAUAGCACAACUCUGAAUGAUCUGUUUUUAUAUGCUUUAUGGUAUGACUACACAUAAUCCUUCCAUUAGUAACUAAAGGAUUGAUAAACAUUUCUUCCAGGCCUGCCUUAAGCACUCAGGCUAUUCUUACAGCAGUGUUUAACUCUGAGGCAAGGAGUCAUGAACUCUCCCAUCAGAAAACAUGACCACACCUUAUUCAUAUCUUUGUAGAGCUAAGCAAAAUGCUUUGGAUCAGAAAUUGCUUUGAAUUAUUUGUUUUCAUUGUAAUCUUUCCUCUAGGCCCUUGUGUGUUUUGAUGCAGUUCCUUUGAAUUGGCUAAAUAAAUCAUUUUGUUUGCUCGCAAAAUUCCCAAAGGAGAAACUUUAAAUCCAUAUACAUGAGAUUCCUGCUAUGUUUAGCCAUACAUUUGCCAGAGACUUGUGGGAUCAUUUAUUUCCUCUUAAAGCCACAGUGCAGCCUGCAGGAUGGUUUUCAGCUAACCUUGUGACAUCGAGAUGAGGCAGUAGAAUUUAGAAUUUGGAACAGGGGUGGGUACUGGUCUUUACAGUUAAUACAACUUAGAGUAGCCACGCCAUAUGUGUUUAGUUUCUUUUUCAGCCGGUGAAUUGAACUAAGUCAGUUGUAUGUCAAGCAGUUCCUGUAAAAACCUAUAUGGCUAAGGUUUUUAUUCAUAGACCACAAACAGAUCUUCCACCCCCAGGUCUCUAACUAUAAAAGGGGGCUCUGACUUUCUACAGCUACAGGUCCAUCUGAUCUGAGAUGGACAGUAUUACCUAGCAGGAUGCAUACUGUAGCAACAUGACCGACAUCAAGAGCAACCGAGAAUUGUACCAGCAGUACACAGCCUCGGCGCCCAGGCUGCUAGCCCGCAUCUCCAAACUGCUCAUCAGUUGCCGGACCGCAGGCAUUCCUGUACCUAAGGGCAUCAGGAACAUCUUUGAGUUCACUUGGGAGGAGCUCACUGCUGACCCCAUGUUGCCUACCCCGUCUGACAUCAUGGGCCUGGAGAUCAGCAUUGGACCCCCACCUGUGGUGCUCAUGGAAUUAGCCCCUGCACAGGCCCCUGUCCAGAAGAAGCCACCACCACCACCAGUACCACCACCACAGUUGCUGCCCACAUCCACUGGGUCAGCCAAGUUCACCCAGUCUUCCACCCAUGGCUAUCUAGCACACCCUGGCCAGGAGACCCUGCACAGAUUCCAGCGGCAGUCCAUCCACCUGCUGACAGAGCUGCUUACCCUGAAGAUGAAGGCCAUGGUGGAGUCCGUGUCUGUAGGUGCCAAUCCCCUGGACAUCACAAGGCGCUUCGUGGAGGCCAGCCAGCUCCUCCACCUCAAUGCCAAGGAGAUGGCUUUUGACUACCUGAUCGGCACAAUGGGGAGAAGCAGCCAGGGUGUCAGACAGAUAGGGAAAGAUUCCUUCAGGAACACUCUAGCCAUGGGAGUGAACACGCCUUACCAGCUUGUCUAUGAGUCCUCUACUGGCUGUCUGAGCUUUUCCCUCUCAACUGGAAAGGAAGUCAAGAAGAAAACAGACACUGGAGGCAAAUCAAAAAACUUAGAAGACAUAACCAUGCUGUCCUCCCAACGAGGAGCCGGAAUCUCUGCCUCCAACAGUGUGGAGUUCAGUGACCCCUGCCCAGAGGCACGGGAGAAGCUUCAGGAGAUGUGUCGCCAUAUAGAAGCCGAAAGGGCCUCGUGGAAAGGCAGGAAUUUCUCCAGCCCCCUGAUCUUUCGCAACUACAGGGCAAAGGUGCCUCAUCUAAUGUCAGCCCUGAAAGGGGACGCUCAGACCCCGAGCUCCCACCACCCUCACCCUCCAGGUGCUCAGACUUCCACUUCCACCCUUCACCAGCCUCCCGCCCACCACCAUCCUCACUUCGGCCGGCAUUCUCAGGAGUGGAAGGUAUCCAAGAAGAUCGUCAAGCUCCAUUACGCCUUCUGUGACGGGUCCUCCUUUGUGUACUAUCCCUCUGGAAACAUUGCCAUGUGUCAGAUCCCCACAUGCUGCAGAGGGAGAACCAUCACCUGCCUCUUUAAUGACACACCCAGCUUCUUCCUGGCUCUGUUAAAUGCUGAAGGACAGGGCUGUGUUCACUACAACAUGAAGGCCCGUUGUCCAUAUGUCCUGGUCUUGGAUGAGGAAGGUGGGACUGCCAAUGACUACAAGGGCUACGUAGUCCACAAAUGGAGCUGGACUUCCAAGACGGAGACUUUGCUCUCCCUGGAAUAUAAGGUGAAUGAGCAAAUGAAGCUGACGGUGCUGAGCCAGGACUCCAUCAUGGUCUCCUUCACCUCCCUAAAUGAAACAAUAACACUCUCUGUAUCAGCCAACAACUGUCCCCACGGGGUAGCACAUGAUAAACGGCUGCUAACCCGCAUGGACGACAAAAUAUUUAAGAUGAACCGAGCUCUGGCAGAGAUCAAGAAGCGGUUUCAAAAGACAGUGUCACAGUUUAUGAAUUCUGUCUUGCUGGCAGCAGGCCUGUUUACCAUAGAAUACCCGAUUAAGGAAGAGGCAGAAAUCAGUCGAGCCAAGGUAAAAUCAAGUCCCUAUUUCGAGCGGAGCACCAAGCCAAGUUUACACUCAGGAGAAGCCCUUUUAUUACGAUCUCAGCCAGCCCGACCUGAAUCCUCAAUGGGAGAGUCUUCAAAGGAAGAGCAUUGGUCUGCUUCUGUAAGCCCCACGCGGAGGAAGAGCAUCAGGAUCCAAGCCAAAGCCAUGGUCACACCCAGAGGAAGGGCUGGAGAGGUGCGCAGCCCCACCAGGUGGGCAGCCUCACCCUCCGACUGCCCGCUGGUGCUGCGGAAGCUCAUUCGCAAGGAAGACCUUCGGGCCGGCUGCAAGUGCAUGGUGAAGGCACCCCUGGUAACCGACGUGGAGCUGGAGCGCUUCCUGUCUGCACCCCGCGACCCCAGCCAGGUACUGGUGUUUGGGAUAGUCUCAAGCCAGAGCCCCACCAGCACCGCCCAGCUCCAAUGGCUGCUCGACACACUCUACAGUCACCAGCAGCAGGGCCGCGCCUCGCCCUGCAUCCAGUGCCGGCAUGACCCCUACCGCCUGCUGCGGUAUGACCUGGACAGCUCCCUGCAGAAGGACCCGCCCCUGCUGGUGAAGAAGUAUGCCGUGGUGCAGGGGAUGGUGCUGAUGUUCGCCGGGGGGAAGCUUCUCUUUGGUGGCUGUGUUUUGAAUGGAUAUGGCUUCAGCAGGCAAAAUCUGCUGAAACAGAUCUUCCAGGCUCGACACGACUGCAAGAUGGGCUACUUCUUGCCAGACAACUACAAAUUUAGCAUUCCAACCUACACCCCAGUCCUGGAAGACCCCAACUCAGCCAAGAAAGCAGUAUCGGAAGAUAUCCAAGAAAGCUUCUCCUCGUUGUCCGUGGGGGACAAGAUGGAGGAGUCCCCUCCUGAAGCUGAGAAGAAAAUGAAACCACCUGAAGUGGAUCUGCCUGUUCUCAGCAAAGCCAGGAGGGGCAGUAAGAAGGCAGUCCCCUGGAAAAAACAGGACUCCAAGAGAUGAUGCUGUCCCUACGGCUACCCAGAGCUCCAAGCCUGGACACAGCUCCUCUCACAUGAACCCCAGCCCUGCCUCCCAAACUUCCCACCCCCUUUCUCUGAGCCUCUGCAUAAUAAAUAAGCAUGCCUCCAACAUCUGGGUGAGGCCAUGGGAUAGGAUGGCUCCUGCAAGGCCCCCCAGAGCACUAUUCUAGGCUGAGUCCAUGGAAACUUGGUUCCUCUGACCCAGAGCUUCCUCUGUGACCAGUUAAAUCAGCCAGAGAAUCCCACAUUCCCAAGGAAACAGAUGUCUCACUCCAAGGGGGCCAACCCAAAGGGUACCUUAACCCUGGGGGGGGGGCGGGUUGUGGAUGGGACUAAAUUGUGCCCUCCUACCCUUAACAGGGUGGAAAAAGGCUCCACUUCUGGCCCAGAUGGAUAAGAGGGGGUGAGAGAGAAGAGGGAGGAGAGAGACAGAGAAGGAGAGGAGGAACAGAUG